GCAGUACGCGCGCCCCGGCUUCGCCGGCUCCUACUCUAGCCCCUACCCGGCCUACAUGGCCGACGUGGGUGCGUCCUGGGCCGCCGCCGCCGCCGCCUCCGCCGGCCCCUUCGACAGCCCGGUUCUGCACAGCCUGUCGGGCCGGGCCAACCCCGCCUCCCGGCACCCCAACCUCGAUAUGUUUGACGACUUCUCAGAGGGCAGAGAAUGUGUCAACUGUGGGGCCAUGUCCACACCACUCUGGAGGCGGGACGGGACAGGGCACUACCUGUGCAACGCCUGUGGCCUCUAUCACAAGAUGAACGGCAUCAACCGGCCCCUCAUCAAGCCCCAGCGACGGCUGUCUGCUUCCCGCCGAGUGGGCCUCUCUUGUGCCAACUGCCAGACCACCACCACCACUCUGUGGCGUCGCAACGCGGAGGGCGAGCCUGUGUGCAAUGCCUGCGGCCUCUACAUGAAGCUCCAUGGGGUCCCCAGGCCUCUUGCAAUGAGAAAAGAAGGAAUUCAAACCAGAAAACGGAAGCCCAAGAACCUUAAUAAAUCUAAACCACCAACAGGUCCUUCGGGCAGUGAGAGCCUUCCUCCCACCAGCAGCGCUUCCAGCACCUCCAACGCCACCAGCAGCAGCAGUGAAGAGAUGCGUCCCAUCAAGACAGAGCCUGGGCUCUCAUCUCACUAUGGGCACACUAGCCCGAUGUCCCAGACAUUCUCAGUCAGUGCCAUGUCUGGCCAUGGACCUUCCAUCCACCCAGUCCUCUCGGCUCUGAAGCUCUCCCCACAAGGAUAUGCCUCUUCUGUUAGCCAGUCACCGCAGGCCAGCUCCAAGCAGGACUCUUGGAAUAGCCUAGUCUUGGCUGACAGUCAUGGGGACAUAAUCACUGCCUAAUCACACCUCCUUCUCUCCUCAAAUUCCUGCACAGACUUGGGUCUGGGAGGACAGCAGAGACUAAGGCUGCAGGCCCUCCACGGCCAGCCUCCUCUGUCUGGGAAUGACUCCAGAAGAACAAUCAAGAAGAAACUUGAAGUCUAUGAUUUGGUUAGGGGCAGGGGAUGUGGAACUUAUCAGAUACUUUUCAAGGUUGGGGAACUGGAAAGAGACUGGACUCUGAUACAGAAGAGCCUUACCCUUCAUCAAGAGCACACAAAGUCUCUUCUG